CCCCCUGUUAGUUCCAAGCACGAAAUUGGCGGUUACAAUUAACCUUUUUUUUAUAAAUAAAGUGAUAUAUUUCUCAAUUAUUUAACUGGUGACCCAAUUUAUAUAUAAUGAAGACCUCAGGCCCAAAUAAAGUUGUAAUCAAAAUCGAUUCCCAAGAAACGCAGGAGAUUGCCAAAUCUUCCAGAACUAACUUAAAAGUUUUCCAAGAGGUUGCCAAUAAAGAGAAUCUCAUCUCUCGUAAACGAAUGGUUAAGGAGGUGAAAUUGACAAACGAAGAGAAACCGAAGCAGGUAGCUCACAAAGCAGUACAAACCGGCGAAGCUGUAAUAACAGCCGAAGACCUUACUUCCGAUAACGAAUCGAACGUUGACUACUGGCGCUUAUUGGCAGAGAAGCGGGGUGAAUCACUAAACGACAGUUUACAGGAGAAUGAACGACUGAAAGACAAAAUAGAAUGCUUGGAGAAUGAGAAUAAGGUUUGUAAGGAGCUGUUGGAGGAAUCUAAACAUUUAGUCGCCGUAUUACAAGAAAUGCUUGGGGAUGAUGAAGAUGAACCUGAACACGAAACUGACAAUUGUACUAACGAUAAGUCCUAAAUUAAGUCUGAUUUUUAGUAUGUAAAUUAUGAACCUAUUAAUCUUAAUUCAUGAAAUUUUUUAAUAUAUAUUCAUAUUCACGAA